UUCUUCCUCAUCAUUUGCCAAACAUAGUAUCACCUAAAGCUACCUAAGCCCAUCAGAAAAUUCCUACUACAUCAUACCAACUUAAACCCAUCCCAUCAUGGAGACCGUAAACAACAUGGCCUCAGCCGCCGCCAAAGCCGUAUGGGGCGAGAGCAAGCAAAGCGGCGAGGAGCCCAUCUCGGGCCAGACCGGCGACCCCUCCAAGGGCGAGCCGUACGACGCCGGCAACAUCGAAGACCCCCAAGCCAAAGCCGCAAAACUAGAGACGAACGGCCACCACCACCAGAGCACUACCAGUAACGGCACAACCGACCCCUCCUCCUCCUCCCCCUCCUCCGCCGCGCACUUCUCCAAGGAAACCGGCACCGCGGCCGAGUCGGCCGACGCCCCGGCCAACCCGUCCGCGGACCUGAAGGCCCGGAGCGCGCCGAAGGACACGUCCAAGAGCCAGGCCGACACGCGCGACCCGGCGAACCCGCAGACGCACCCGAAGGCCGCGCCGACGGACGUGAACGACGCGGACGAUGGUCCCAACGAGGCCCAGAAGCUGGACGGGCCGGGCCCGAAGCCGUUGGAGGAGGUGGCUCGCCAGCACGGCGGCGACGCCGGGGUCUCGGAGGAGAGCAGCGUGGGGAAGACGAAGGGUGGAGCUGGGGAUGUGGGUGGGAAGGAGGUUGUGGAGGAGGAAGAGGAGGAGGAAAGUGGCCCGAAUGCGAAGAGUAAGGGCGAGGGGACUGGUGAGCAGUAUGUUAAGAGCAGCGGGCUGAAGGCGGAUGGAGGAGACUUCGAUGCGACGAAGCCUGGCGCUGGAAGGGAGGCUGAUCGUAUCAUGGAGGAGAAGGGCAUACACAGCGCCAAUGGAGACGAUGGCGAUGAGGCAGGACACGGCGAGAAGAAAGAGAAGACGAGCAUUGGCCAGAAGAUCAAGAACAAGCUGCACCGGCACUGAUUUAGAUUAAAAUGUCGAUUUGGUUUUCUCCGUUUUUACCUGUUUGCUAUGCGUUAUGAUCAUCCACGCCCCCUCUUCUCCUCUCCCCUUUGGGAGUUAUGAGGCUACGAGGCUAUGAAGAAGCUCCCCUACCUCAUUUGCUUAAUGCGAACGAACGAACGAAUCCACGAUGAAAGAAACCCGGGUUGGUGUUGAACUGGAAACAUCCGCUGGCUUUUGAUUUAUGAGCUUAGUGUACUGUUACCUACUGGUUUUUAGUCUCGCUAUAAGACCUUCUGCUUCUGGCUUACUCUUAAUCGUUUUAUUGCGAGAACAUAGUGGAUAACUGAUCACC